AUGGACCCGCGCCGUUUGCUCUCCACGCCAGCCUCGUCGUCCCCUGCCAACGACGACCACCAUCACGGCAGCGGCAGCACCGCGCGUGUGACGGAGAUCCGCUACGCCUACUGCGGCGGCGACCCGGUCAACCGCAUCGACCCGACGGGACGGUCGUGGUCGUGGCUCAACGACCACCCGCACCUCACGAUCGCAAUCGGUGUCGGGGUCGCCCUCGCAGUCGCCGUGCUGGGAGGCCUAGUGGUCGAAGCAGCGGUCGGCGCUUUAGCCGCGCUCCUACCGGCCACCGUGCCGACCGCGGUGGUGACCUUCGCGAGCCAGUUCAUCGUGGGCGCCGUCUCGGGCGCAGCGGGCGGGCUCGCGGGAAGUAUAGCCACAGGGGACCUCGACAGCUACACAUGGGGCACCGCAGGCCUAGACGCCCUAGAGAGUGGGCUGGGCAGCAUGGCGACCACCUCUGUCCAGCCGCACUUCAGGACGCUGUUCAACUCCAAGGGGGUACAGCGGGUUGUGAAGACCGGGAAGCUGCAGAGCUUCCUGAAGUGGGGAGACAGGAAGGGCAUCGGCGCGUUCGCUCAGGGCACCAGCAAGGGCAUUCCUGCAGCGGAGAAGCGACUAGGGAGCGUUCGGGUUUGGGGUGAUGAUAUGCUUGGAAAUGGCCAAGGUCUGGGCCGACCAGGUGAUGAUGAUGGAUCAGAAGGGCAAUGGGAGCAAAGUCGAGAAGUGCGGGCUGGCAUAUGA